CAGAGCAGGGUGCAGGUAGGCAGACGUCAGGCUAUAUUUAGACGCUAGCUUUUGGCCACGCGUCACGACGAAGGGUCGGUAGGCCCCACCCUACACUGAUGUCACAACACAUUAUGUUACCGUGUCGGCUGAGAUCAGAGAAGUGUUUAAGCACAUUAGUGUCGUUACUUGAUUUCUGUCCUGACACUCACCUCCACCCCUCGCACCCAUAUCACAUUUCUGUACUCUGACAUUGCUGACAGUGUACACUCACCAGUCAACUUCGUCUCGCCGAAGACCUUGGUAGGGUGUCGACUGAAGAGCAGGAACCCAUGAUCGGGACAUCGAUGUGACAGUACGUGACAUGAGGUCACAGAUAGCUCUACUGCUCGUGACUCUAGCGGGCUUAAAGGCGGAGGAUGGACUCGCGCCUCUUGUCGUAUCUUCCUGCAUCGCAGGUAUUCUCUUCUUUGUCAUCGUUCUGGGGAGCAGCUUUGUGUGCUUCAUCAGCUGGAGAAAGAGGAGCAAGAAGGUAUCCCAGACUACCAGCAACCCUCGUGUCAGCUCGUUUGUAAACACGGACUCACCGCCGCCGCAGGCCAAAGCCUACACCCAUCAUGCCUUGCUCGUACGCCAGCGACCUCCACUACAAUUCUACACAGUACGGUCCGACCCCCGCGACCAGGGACUUGCUGCUGGAGCUGUCCCCAUGGGCCCCUUUAGGAGACCUACCUCCAUGGGGAGACCAGUUCUCUACCUGGACAUGCUUGACCCGGCGAUGAACGAAAAUAAUGCAAUGCCACAUUACGCGAAUGCUGCUUACGGAGGCAUGAACAUCAGCGAGAUGCAGAGUGUCGACGAGAGGGGGUCGACUAAAGACAACUACCGACGAAAGCACGGGAAGUCCAAAAGGCGGUCCAGAUCAAGGUCACGUGCUCGCUCUGAGUCAGAAUCACGUGAUCGUUCCCGAUCCAGCGACGACCGCAGACCUCAGAUGAACCAAAGGUUACGCCCCUAUCCGGAGGAAGAAAUUCCAGUCUUAGCAAUGCCAGGGGACAUCAUUCUUACCGACAUACGAUCCUCACGACGAGAAUCGCCAGCCAGACCAUUGCCAGCUGAGCCAAAGAGAGAACAAGCUUUUCCUCGCACAUCAGGCAUCGCCACUGUCCUCCAGGAACGAACUUUGACGAUGACCGACCGAGAGUCGGAGUCUGAUGCCUCGUCUUUGAGUGGCGAGGCGCGGGGUGGGGUCGACACGGUGCAUGCAGACAACGUAAACCUUCAUGGUUAUACACAAGAUUUCCAAAAAUCUGAUUCGCAGCUAUCACAAGCUGAAGACAACUCCACCCCAGAUCCAGAUUACCUGUUAGAUUUUAACGUAUCCCCGGCUGAAAAGUCUACUGUCAGUCAGCAGCGGGUCACUGCGCGGGAUUCCGUUGAGGUUGUCCCACAUGAUUUCGCCGAGACCAUCCCGAGGGGACACUUCAGCGCGGGGCCUGGCGACGACAACCUUGCCGGCAGGCGCCGUGACACAGACCCUAAUGACAAGAGUCCUAAUAAUGGACUUUCAAGACACCAGCCCGUGACACCUGUCGACUCUCAAGAUAUUAACGAUAUCCUCAAGUCCCUAGACCAGGCUUUCACGCCAGGGGUCUCAUCUCCUCCCUAUAGUGAAGCAGCACAGUCCACACGUCCUGUACCUGUGCGCCAACUGUCGCCAGAGGAAUACCGGCCUCCCACUCCUCCCCCAGACAUGGACAGUUCAGAUGACUCGGACACAGACGAGAGGUUUUCCAAGUUGCUGGUCACAACGCGGCCCCCCACACCGCCUCGAGAUAGUGCCAGCGGCAAACAGGAGGAGAAAAGUAGGCUACUGAGUGGCAUGCAGACCAUGGACGGACUACGUCUUCUCAUCCACAGCAUCCGUCCCCUCAGCCCCCCACCCGAAUCAUGACUGAACUAAAGCGGCGACAACGACACCCUGACGAGGAUGGGGAAACAUCAACCCCUCCAUCACCACCAGAGAGAAAAUAUGGAGCCAGCAGCGUCACGGGGCAGGACCAUGACCUCUUGUUGUCACCGGGGGAACUUCCCACCACCCGCGUAUCCUUUGCUACCGACCCCCCUGAGAUCAUACCGCGUGACGAUCCUGAGCCUUCCUGGUUGCGCCUGACUAUGACACGAUAGCCCGAGGUACAACAUGAGCCACCACUACAACCAGUCUCGUCGUCACCGCCACCACCGCCACCACCACCACCACCACCGCCGCCAUCUCUUUCAACUGUUAGACUGUAGUCAAUUUGCUUACUCCGCACAUACUGUAGGUAACAAAAUUAAAAGAUUUGCAGUUUCUACAUCGGUACCUCUCAGCGGAGAACCAUACCGAGGCUUUCCAGCCUUAAUUACCAUUUUAGUGUCUGUGCACCAUUUAUAGAAUGGCAAAUGUACACUGACUGGUUUUUCAAAAUGGUCCGGAAGAUUACGCUUAAUUAACAAUCACUGCUUAAGGAAUGAAUCAACUAAAUUCUACAAUCUGUAUUCACACGUAUUUAUCAAAGGGAUACAAAUUGCAGAUUGCACUAAUUAGUGCUAGGUUUCUUAUAGUUACAGAAUGACGAACUUGGAAUGCCAACAAUCUCAUAGAUUACAAGUGUUGUAGCCAGAAACUGAUAUUUUAAAUUAUGCUUUUUAAUUUUUAUUUCUUCUAAUUAACAACAGUGAAUCAUCUAAAACACACAAUUAUAUAUAUAACUAGACGUUUGCUGAUAUAUAUAUAGAUAAAACCAAGCACAUAUAGCCAGAAAGGAAGUAAAAGUUUUUUUUUUUAAAAAAACUGAAAUAGGGAAUGAUAAAUGAAAAUGAUAAGGUAGUGCUGAUGUUUAGUUGACACUGAAGUGUAGCUUUAUUCAGUAGCUUGUCCGAGGCCACACUUGUGGAUUAGAGAUUUGCACCUCCUUUUUAUGCGUUUUUGUCUUAGUCCUUUGGAGACAGACAUGUGGAACCUUCUAAUAUAACAAUAUCAAUCACACAUCAUGAGCCAAUGAUUUCUAGAUUAUCUGGCAUCAAAUGCUCUCUUUUAAAGAAAGAAUUAGUAAGUAGACUCAGGGAAACCACAGUUAUAGCCUUUUAGUUUAAAGAACUGAAAAAAAUAUAAUUAAGGAAACAUUUAUCUAAGAAAAAAAUAUAGAAGGUAAGAAGGUUAAAUGAAACGACAUCCAGUAAUAGUAAUAAAGACUGUACAAAAUAAAAACACUGGCUUUUUACUUUCAAAAUUAUAACUAAUGAAAAAUUUAUCCAAGCCUAUUGCAAACAUAAUCCCACCAAUUGAUGUCUUUUAAAUCAGUGUUCAGCUGUAGUGUUUAAUUGUUUCUAUUGUGCUCAUUCCCAAACUACCUUUAAAGACAGUAAUGUUUCUAUCAACAUAAUCUUCAUCACCAACAUACUGUAUCACACCCCUCUCCACCUUCACACACACACAUCACACAUACAUGCAAGUACACACAGACACACAUGCAGGCUUUCCUCCCCUACCCCCACUCUCUCUUUUUUUUUAACAUUUUUACAGAACUCAGUGAUUGAAAAAUGGUGAAGCAUUAAUUUUUUACUUUUGUGCUAACGCAGGUUUCCAAAACGUUACUGUCCAGACAUUUCAUUCUGAAAAUUCAGGAGAAAACUUUGAUUAUUAUGGAUGUGUGCACUCUAAGUGAAAACCUUUAGGGUGAAUUUUAUAUAAUGUCAUGUUGAAAAAUCGACUCUUUCUAAGCCAGAUAUCUGACAUCAGACAAAGAAGUUACGCUAAUAGGCUUAAAUAAAUAAUUUAAAUCAUAGAUGUUGUUAAAGUUGUUUCUUGUUUUCUGAGCAGCAGACACAGCCAACUUUAAAGUUUCUAUUACUAAUGAGAUUCAGUAGAUUACUUUAAAGUGCUCAAGUAUUAUUUUAAAAGUUAAACAAUCUACCACUGCGAAGCUCGUGGACAACAUGGGAAGUAAAAAGUGUAGAGUUAGUGGAGGGACGAGAGCUUGUUGAAUACUGUUGGUGUUCCUUGCCGGCCACUUCUUUUACUAGUUGAUACUGGAGAAAGACGGGGUUCCUAAAAACCGUCGUGAGAUUAUGUAUUUUAAGGAAUUCGUAUUCGGACUAUUUAUGAGAGUAGACGGUGGUCAUGGCGGGAGUUAACAGCACUGCUUGGAUAGCAAGACUAGUACUGGGAUUCCUUAUAGAUGAGACAAACUUGUUGUAUGUUUUUCGCAUUAUUUGUAUGUUAAUAAAUCUUUUCUUGUUGUACUUUGA